CCGAACUCAUUCAGUAUUCAUUGGUGCGCGGCUGUUGGCUGGUUACUCUCCCAUAUUUAGUACCCACUGGACGAACAACUACGAUGACGUUUUUGCAAUUUCUUCUUUGUGCACUCAUCGCACUGAUGACACUGUGUCUAUAUGCCAUCCAUAAACAUUACAACUAUUGGACGGAGCGCGGUGUGGUGCACGACAAACCUGAUUUGUUUUAUGGCAAUAUGAAAGCGGCGGGCAGAACACAGCCUCUGAAACAGCCGUUCCACGACUUCUAUCAGAAAUACAAAGAUAUGGCCCCCUUUGGGGGGUUCUACUUGAGUCUGAGAAAGGCCAUUGUUUUGUUCGACCUUGAGCUAAUUAAACGGGUAAUGAUAACAGAUUUCCACAACUUUUCACAUCGCGGGAGUUAUUACAACGAGAAAGACGAUCCACUGUCGGCCCAUUUGUUCCAGUUGGAUGGACCCAAAUGGAAGGAAAUGAGAACUAAGCUGACACCCACAUUUACGUCGGGUAAAAUGAAGUUUAUGUUUCCCACUGUGGUGGAGGUGGGCGAGCGAUUUGUGGCGGUGCUCAGUGAAUUGCUGGAGAGUGAAAACGAAGAGGGAAUUGAGAUCCGAGAGCUUUUGGCCCGUUUCACCACGGAUGUGAUAGGUUGUUGUGCCUUUGGUUUGGAAUGCAACAGCCUUAAAGAUCCCAAUGCCAAAUUCCGUCAAAUGGGCCAAAAGGUGUUCACCAAACGUCGCCAUGGCCGCAUGGUAUUUGCCUUUGCCCAAGCCUUUCCGAAUUUGGCUCGGAAAUUUGGUAUCUGCUUUAUACCCGAGGAUGUUAGUUCGUUUUUCAUGAAAGUGGUGCGAGAAACUGUGGAGUACCGUGAGCGAGAGAAGAUCGAAAGAAAUGAUUUUAUGAAUAUUUUGAUUGAUUUGAAAAAUCGCAAUGGCAAGGAUGGCCUGACGUUGAAACAAAUAGCGGCCCAGGCUUUUGUUUUCUUUUUGGCGGGUUUUGAGACUAGUUCCAGUACCAUGGCGUUUGCUUUGUAUGAAUUGGCCAGAAAUGAUAAUAUGCAGAAUAAGGCAAGGCAGGAAAUUAAUGAGAUGUUGGCCAAGUAUGACAACAAGGUGACUUAUGAGGGGAUCAAGGAAUUGAAAUAUUUGCAACAAAUUUUGUAUGAAACCAUGCGCAAAUAUUCGGUGGCUUCGUUGGUCAUACGCAAAGCCCUGGCUGAUUAUCCGGUACCAGGCACCCAGCAUGUCAUAGAAAAAGGCACUGUUCUCGUCAUACCCAUUGAUGCCAUCCAUCACGAUCCAGCAAACUAUCCAAAUCCCUCGGAAUUUAUACCGGAACGCUUCACUGCCGAAGAAAUAGCUAAACGCCAUUCCAUGUCCUGGUUGCCGUUUGGUGAAGGACCACGCAAUUGCAUUGGCUUGAGAUUUGGCAAAAUGCAAGCCAUGAUCGGGUUAACGUUGCUUUUGAAAAAUUUCAAAUUCAGUUUGACACCAAAGACCCCUGUGCCGCUGGUUUUCGACGAGAAGUCAUUUGUGUUGAUGGCCAAGGGAGGUAUUCAUUUGAGACUGGAGAAAAUAGCGGAGUGAUGGAGUUACGGGUGAUGGAACAAAUGCGUCGCACUAUGAGAGUGAUUUUGUGUUGUGAUAUUUUUUUUUGGUUACUUUAGAUUUUUUUUUAUUAAUUUUAUUAAAACAUUUUU